AUGAAACAGCAGAUGGAAAAAGGCCCUAUAGAUGCCAUCACUGGAGAGGCCCGAUACUCCCUCAGUGAGGACAAACUCAUCCGACAACAGAUUGACUACAAGACACUGACACUUCAUUGUGUGAACCCGGAGAACGAGAACGGCCCAGAAGUGACUGUGAAAUGCCUGAACUGUGACACUAUCACCCAGGUGAAGGAGAAGCUUCUGGAUGCUGUGUAUAAAGGAAGCCCAUACUCCCAGAGACCCAAAGCAGGAGACAUGGACCUGGAGAGCAUGUUGAGGACGGCCAGCAGCCCAGACAGUCUGCGGUCCCGGACGCCCAUGAUCACACCCGAUCUAGAGAGCGGUACCAAACUCUGGCACCUCGUCAAAAACCACGACCAUGCAGACCAGCGCGAGGGCGAUCGCGGGAGCAAGAUGGUGUCCGAGAUCUACCUGACACGACUGCUGGCCACCAAG